AUGGGGCCACCCUAUAAAUCAGCAAAGAGCAGCCCCAAGAAACAAAAGCCUUGGGUUUUUAUAGGAAAAAAUGUGGGGAAGCUCAUGGGUUUUAGUCUUGGCAACUCGGGAUUGGAUGAAGAAGCUAUAAGUGAAGAUGAGGGAAUGUUUCAGCUAGGUGCUCACUCUAGGACAAAAUUCCCUGAAGAGGGCCAUGGCAGAGGCUGUGGACUAGAAAGCUGCCUCACCUUUGUGGGUGCCCUCCAGGAAAAGAAACUUCAUAGUAAUUUAAAGCUGGAAAGAACAAUUAAGAUUAUUAAUUAUGGCCGUGAGGACAGAGAUGGAGCAGGGGCGGCCAGGGCUACAAGGUGUCAGCUGACCGGCCUGGCUGGCUUUUUGGAUACUGCCAUGGAAGAGCCACAGUCGGAUCUCAGCAUUGAGCCCCUUCUGAGUCAGGAGACAUUUUCAGACCUGUGGAAACUGCUUCCUCUAAAGAACCUUCUGUCCACCUUGGAGCCUAUGGAGGAUCUACUGCUGCCCCAGGACGUGACAAACUGGUUGGGAGAUGCGGACGAGGCCCUCCCAGUGUGCGCAGCUCCGGCGGAGGGCCCUGCGCCUGAGGCCCCCCGCCCAGCGGCCCCUGCACCACCCGCUUCCUGGCCCCUGUCAUCCUUCGUCCCUUCCCAUAAAACCUUCCAGGGCAACUAUGGCUUCCGUCUGGGCUUCCUGCAAUCUGGGACAGCCAAGUCUGUCACGUGCACGUACUCCCCUUCCCUCAAUAAGCUGUUCUGCCAGCUGGCGAAGACAUGCCCCGUGCAGCUGUGGGUCAGCUCCGCCCCGCCCCCUGGCACCCGCGUCCGGGCCAUGGCCAUCUACAAGAACUCACAGCACAUGACAGAGGUUGUGCGACGCUGCCCACACCAUGAGCACUGCUCGGAAAACGAAGCGUCCGAUCCGUGUGGAAGGGCCCCUCCCCAGCAUCUGAUCCGCGUGGAAGGGAACCUGCAUGCCGAGUACGUGGACCACAGGCAGACGUUCCGCCACAGCGUGCUGGUGCCCUAUGAGUCGCCCGAGGUUGGCUCUGACUGCACCACAAUCCACUACAACUACAUGUGUAAUAGCUCCUGCAUGGGCGGCAUGAACCGCCGGCCCAUCCUCACCAUCAUCACGCUGGAAGACCCCAGUGGCAACCUGCUGGGCCGGAACAGCUUUGAGGUCCGCGUUUGCGCGUGUCCUGGGAGAGACCACCGCACAGAGGAAGAAAAUUUACGCAAAAAACAACGUUGCCCAGAGCUGCCGCAAGGGAGUGCUAAGCGAGCCCUGCCCACCAACACCAGCUCCUCUCCCCAGUCAAAGAGGAAACCAGCUGACAGAGAAUAUUUCACCCUCAAGAUCCGGAAACGCUUCGAGGUCUUCCGGGAGCUGAAUGAAGCCUUGGAACUGAAGGAUGCACAGGCUGCAGGGGAGUCGGGAGAUGGCAGGGAGCAGGCCAGCUGUCUGAAGACCAAGAAAUACAAGUCUACCUCCCCUCGGAAGAAUCCGAUGAUCAAGAGAGAGGAGCCUGACUCAGACUGACCCCUCUACUUCCUGACCCCCCUCUGCCUCCCUCCCCACACCUCCUUCCC